AUGGUACUUUCUCGUAUAAAACCCCCAAAACCUAGUCCAGCUAGUUCGGCUAUUCGUAGUCCAUUCAACCCAAUUCAACACCUUAAGUCGUUGCCUCUACUUCCCAUGGCCGCCGCCGCAGCUGCUACUUCUUCCACCGCCGUGAAAUCCACUGUUGCCAAGCUCUCCUUUUUAUCUUCCUCUCGACAAUUAACCAAACCAUUAAACUGUUUGGUGCCUAAAAUCCUGCCAGAAUCCUACAAACAGAGCCAUAUCACCCUCUCCAAAAACCCCAUAUCUGAGGUUAUUUCCUCGUACAAAGAAUCAAAAAACCCAGACAACAAUUUGGAGGAUGAUGAUGACGACAAACCACGGGAAGAGUGCGGAGUGGUGGGAAUCUACGGCGACCCUGAGGCCUCACGUCUUUGCUAUUUAGCCCUUCAUGCACUCCAACACCGCGGCCAGGAGGGUGCCGGAAUUGUGUCGGUUCACGAUAACGUGCUUCAUUCGAUUACGGGGGUAGGGCUUGUGUCUGAUGUGUUUAAUGAAUCGAAAUUGGAUCAAUUGCCUGGUGAUAUGGCAAUAGGCCAUGUUAGGUACUCUACUGCAGGAUCCUCGAUGCUCAAGAAUGUGCAACCUUUUGUUGCGGGUUAUAAAUUCGGGUCUGUUGGAGUUGCCCACAAUGGGAAUUUGGUGAAUUACCAGGAUUUAAGGGCGGAGCUUGAAGAAAGUGGGUCGAUUUUCAAUACUAGUUCAGAUACUGAGGUGGUUCUUCAUUUGAUUGCAAUAUCGAAGGCCAGACCAUUCUUUUUGAGGAUUGUAGAGGCUUGUAAUAAGCUUGAGGGAGCUUAUUCUAUGGUGUUUUUGACUGAGGAUAAACUCGUUGCAAUUAGGGACCCUUUUGGCUUUAGGCCUUUGGUUAUGGGUAGGAGGAGUAAUGGUGCAGUGGUUUUUGCUUCUGAGACUUGUGCUUUGGACUUAAUUGAAGCUACAUAUGAGAGAGAGGUUUAUCCUGGUGAAGUUCUUGUGGUGGAUAAAGAAGGGGUUAGUUCCCUUUGUUUGAUGUCUCAUCCUGAGCCUAAAUCGUGUAUUUUCGAGCAUAUUUACUUUUCUUUGCCGAAUUCUGUGGUAUUCGGGAGGUCUGUGUAUGAAUCUAGGCAUGCAUUCGGUGAAAUAUUGGCUACUGAGUCUCCGGUGGAUUGUGAUGUUGUGAUUCCGGUGCCUGACUCGGGGGUUGUUGCUGCACUUGGUUAUGCUUCGAAAGCCGGGGUGGCAUUUCAACAAGGGUUGAUAAGGUCACAUUAUGUUGGGAGAACAUUUAUCGAGCCUUCACAAAAGAUUCGGGAUUUUGGAGUGAAGCUUAAACUUUCACCCGUGAGGGCGGUAUUGGAGGGAAAGAGGGUUGUGGUGGUGGAUGAUUCGAUUGUGAGAGGAACCACUUCUUCAAAGAUUGUCCGGUUAAUAAAAGAGGCCGGAGCGAAAGAGGUUCACAUGAGGAUCGCAAGCCCUCCGAUCAUAGGGUCUUGUUAUUAUGGAGUAGACACGCCUAGCUCAGAGGAGUUGAUAUCGAAUAGGAUGAAUGUAGAGGAGAUUAGAGAGUUCAUUGGCUCGGAUUCACUUGCUUUUUUGUCAAUCAAUAGCUUAAAGAAGUUACUGGGCAAUGAUUCGCCAAACUUCUGUUAUGCUUGCUUUUCCGGGAAGUACCCUGUCGAACCAAGGGGCAAGGUGAAAAGGGUUGGUGAUUUUCUUGAUGAUGGAUUGAGUGGAAAUAUGGAAUCCAUUGAUGGAGGCUGGGUUCAAGGGAUUAGAAAUCAAGAGGAGGUGCAAGAAAUCAAUUUAUCUACUUAG